UAUUCUGCAGUUUCAUGCAUUACGGAGCACAGAGAGAAAAGAGAGCGAGAGCACCAGUACCAGGGAUGGAGAACAUUAAGGAGACCUGGCUGUUCUGCUUGUCAAGCGGCAGGAAGAGAAUAUAGCAAUCCUGGUGCCUCUGAGCUGACAGCUUGGGAAGAGCACUGGGAGCCGAGCUCCUGGCUGUCAUUACCCCUGUGCUAGAAUAUCUCAGUUCCCCCUCAUCAGGGUAUUGCUAUGCAUGAAGCUCAAUGGUGAAUAAGCGGAACAGGAUGAAAAGAUGGCGCAGCAACGGAUUGUACCACCUGGGCCAGACAGCUUUCGACUUUUUACCAGGGAGUCUCUCAAAGCCAUUGAGAAACGUAUUUCAGAGGAGAAAAAUGCCAAGUCCAAACAAGAAAGUGAAGAAGAUGGUCCGAAACCAAAUAGUGACUUGGAAGCUGGUAAAAAGCUGGCCUUUAUAUAUGGUGACAUCCCCCCAGGAAUGGUAUCAGAACCCCUGGAGGAUAUUGAUCCAUAUUAUGCUAACCAGAAGACCUUUAUAGUAUUGAAUAGAGGGAAGGCAAUCUUCCGCUUCAGUGCCACGUCUGCCUUGUACAUUUUAACCCCCUUCAACCCUGUGCGUCAAGCAGCUAUAAAAAUACUGGUACACUCAUUAUUCAGCAUGCUCAUAAUGUUCACUAUCCUCACCAACUGUGUGUUCAUGACCAUGAGUAAUCCCCCGGAUUGGGCCAAGAAUGUAGAAUAUACCUUCACUGGGAUUUAUACUUUAGAAUCGCUGAUCAAAAUUCUUGCAAGGGGCUUCUGUUUAGAAAAGUUUACUUUCCUGCGCGAUCCUUGGAAUUGGCUGGAUUUCAGUGUCAUCUUGCUUGCGUAUGUAACAGAAUUUGUAAACCUAGGCAAUGUUUCAGCUCUGCGAACUUUCAGAGUAUUAAGAGCUCUGAAAACUAUUUCUGUAAUUCCAGGCCUGAAGACCAUUGUGGGUGCCCUGAUUCAGUCGGUUAAGAAGCUUUCAGAUGUGAUGAUUCUCACCGUGUUUUGUCUGAGUGUGUUUGCGCUGAUUGGACUGCAGCUAUUCAUGGGACACCUACGGAAUAAAUGCAUGCACCUGCCAUCAGAGUUACCUCCUAAUAUAAGCCUUGAAGAAUAUGCAAAAGAUGAAAGUUUGUUUUAUAAAAUGGAAGGUCAGAAGGAUCCUGUACUUUGUGGCAACAGCACAGAUGCUGGUCAGUGCCCAGAAGGGUACACGUGCGUGAAGGUGGGAAGAAAUCCAGAUUAUGGAUACACAAGCUUUGACACGUUUGGUUGGGCAUUUUUAUCGCUCUUUAGACUGAUGACUCAGGACUGCUGGGAGAACCUGUAUAUGAAAACCCUUCGAGCUGAUGGUAAGACCUACAUGAUCUUCUUUGUGCUGGUGAUCUUCUUGGGCUCCUUUUAUCUGGUCAAUCUAAUCCUAGCUGUGGUAGCUAUGGCUUAUGAAGAACAGAAUCAGGCAACAAUGGAAGAAGCAGAGCAGAAAGCUGCAGAGUUUCAGAAGAUGAUGGAGCAGCUGAAAAGGCAACAAGAAGAAGCUCAGGCUGUAGCGGCAGGAGCUGAGACAAUGGGAGAGUCCCAGGUCCUAAGUGAAGAAGGUGAAAUGGAUGACCCUUCAGAGACCUCUUCUAUAAUAUCAAAGCUAAGUUCUAAGAGUGCCAAAGACAGGAAGAACUGGAAGACCCAAAGAGAAAACGUAGAACAGUGUACUAAGGAAGAGGAGAAAAGGGAUGAGGAGAAAUGUUGUAUAUCUGCAUCUGAAGACAAUGCAAAGAGGAAAGGCUAUCACUUUAACAGGGAAGCCCAUCAGUUGGAAUAUUAUAGGAAGCCAUCAUCCCCGAGAGAGUCACAGUUGAGUGUCCGUGGCCCCCUCUUAACCCCUAGACGUAAUAGCAAAGUCAGCAUUUUCAGUUUCAGAGAUCCCGCUAGGGAUGUGGGGUCAGAGAAUGAUUUUGCUGACGAUGAACAUAGCACUUUUGAAGAUAAUGAAAAGGAUUCUGUAUCUCUGCCGGGUAGACAAGGAGAACGGCGUGCCAGCAAUGCCAGCCUGACGAGUCGAUCAUCUAGGAUUCUGCCUCUACUUCCUAUGAAUGGUAAAAUGCACAGUGCAGUGGAUUGCAAUGGAGUGGUCUCCUUGGUCAGCGGCUCUGGUCCUCCUACUGGACUUUAUCCUGAGGGCACCACCACAGAGACUGAUGUAAACAGAAGAAGACCAAGUUCAUACAAAAUUUCCAUGGACUUGCUGGAAGACCCAUCUGCCAGACAAAGGGCUCUCAGUAUUGCUACAAUUUUAACAAACACAAUGGAAGAAUUGGAAGAAUCGAGACAACAGAAAUGUAAUCCUUGCUGGUACAAAUUUGCUAGGUGCUUUUUAAUUUGGGACUGCUGCGAUCUGUGGCUGAAAAUUAAAGACAUAGUAACGUUGAUUGUGAUGGAUCCAUUUGUGGACCUCGCUAUUACCAUCUGCAUUGUGCUGAACACCAUAUUUAUGGCUAUGGAGCAUGCCAACAUGACCAAGGACUUCAUUCAUGUGCUUUCCGUUGGAAAUCUGGUUUUUACAGGAAUUUUCACAGCUGAAAUGGUUUUUAAGCUCAUUGCUCUUCAUCCAUACUAUUAUUUCCAAGAAGGCUGGAAUAUCUUUGAUGGGAUUAUCGUUAGUCUUAGUUUAAUGGAACUUGGGCUUUCAACAACAGGAGGAUUCACUGUUCUACGAUCCUUUAGACUGCUCCGAGUAUUCAAGUUGGCAAAAUCAUGGCCUACACUCAACAAGUUGAUCAAGAUCAUUGGUAACUCUGUGGGAGCUCUGGGAAACCUGACCUUGGUGUUGGCCAUCAUUGUGUUUAUUUUUGCUGUGGUCGGCAUGCAGCUUUUUGGCAAAAACUACAAGGAGUGUGUCUGUAAGAUCUCAGAGGACUGUGAGCUUCCACGCUGGCACAUGAAUGACUUUUUCCAUUCCUUCCUCAUUGUGUUUCGAGUACUGUGUGGAGAGUGGAUCGAAACUAUGUGGGACUGUAUGGAGGUGGCUGGGCAGUCUUUGUGCAUACUGGUGUUCAUGUUGGUGAUGGUGAUUGGAAAUCUAGUGGUGCUGAAUCUGUUCUUGGCCUUACUCCUAAGCUCUUUCAGCUCUGACAAUCUUUCAGCUACUGAUGAUGAUGGUGAAAUGAAUAAUCUCCAGAUCGCAGUGGGCAGGAUCCAGAGGGGGAUGUCCUACAUUAGGAAAUGCCUACAAGAUUUUUUCCAAAAAUUGUUCUUAAGAGCUAAAAAAGAUGCAGAUGACACAAAACAGCUGGAAGAGCUGAGAAUUCAACGCGAUAAUGGUGUUUACAGCAAUAUUGUUGUGCAGAAUAUCAAAGAACAAGAUUACAAUCGAGAAGCAAGUGGGACAACAAGUGGGAUAGGCAGCAGUGUGGAGAAGUAUGGAGGUGAUGAGAAGGACGGUAUGGCUGUUAGUAACCAACAGUGCCUCACCGUUGCAGUGCCUAUUGCAGCCGGAGAGUCGGACUUUGACAACCCAAACACUGAAGAUUUUAGUAGUGAAUCUGACCCUGAAGAGAGUAAAGAGAAGGUAAAACUUUCCAGCUCGUCGGAGGGUAGCACGAUAGACAUCAGACCACCAGGAUUGGAAGGAGAAGAUAAUUACUUGGGUUAUGUCUAUGAGGAGACCCUUGAACCAGAGCCAUGCUUCACAGAUGGCUGCGUGAAUAAAUGUACAUGCUGCCGGAUCAACAUUGAAGAGGGGAGAGGAAAAACCUGGUGGAGCCUCAGGAAAACCUGCUACCUUAUUGUGGAACACAGCUGGUUUGAAUCAUUUAUAAUCCUCAUGAUUCUACUUAGCAGCGGGGCCUUGGCUUUUGAGGAUAUUCAUAUUGAAAAGCAUAAAACUAUGAAGACCGUGUUGGAGUACGCUGACAAAGUUUUUACCUACAUCUUUAUAGCAGAAAUGCUUUUGAAAUGGGUCGCCUAUGGAUUUGUCACAUAUUUCACAAAUGCCUGGUGCUGGUUGGAUUUCCUGAUUGUGGAUAUAUCUUUGGUGAGCCUAGUAGCCAAUGCCUUGGGGUACUCAGAAUUAGGAGCUAUUAAGUCUCUUAGAACACUGCGAGCAUUGAGACCCCUGAGGGCCCUGUCACGGUUUGAAGGCAUGAGGGUGGUUGUGAAUGCUUUAAUUGGUGCCAUACCUUCCAUUAUGAAUGUGCUCCUGGUCUGCCUUAUAUUCUGGCUGAUAUUUAGCAUAAUGGGAGUGAAUCUGUUUGCGGGUAAAUUUUAUUACUGUGAUAAUACUACAUCCGGUGUCAUGUUCCCUAUAACUGAAGUUGACAACCGCAGUGACUGCUUUCAUAUCAGUAACACCACUAAAGAUGCCCGCUGGAGGAAUGUCAAAGUAAACUUUGAUAAUGUUGGCGCAGGAUAUCUUGCUUUACUUCAAGUGGCUACAUUUAAGGGAUGGACACCAAUCAUGUAUGCAGCUGUUGAUUCAAGAGGCACAGAACAACAACCCAACUAUGAAGACAAUCUUUACAUGUAUAUAUACUUUGUAAUCUUUAUUAUAUUUGGGUCCUUUUUCACCUUGAACCUCUUCAUUGGUGUUAUCAUAGAUAACUUCAAUCAGCAGAAAAAGAAGUUAGGAGGACAAGAUAUCUUUAUGACAGAGGAACAGAAGAAGUAUUACAAUGCAAUGAAGAAACUUGGGUCCAAAAAGCCUCAAAAGCCAAUCCCGCGACCUAAGAAUUUUUUUCAAGGAAUGAUAUUUGACUUUGUCACAAAACAAACCUUUGACAUUUUCAUUAUGUGUCUCAUUUUCCUUAAUAUGGUCACAAUGAUGAUUGAAACUGACGACCAAAGCAAAGAGAUGGAGAACAGAUUGUAUUGGAUCAAUGUGGUGUUUAUUAUACUUUUCACUUGCGAAUUCCUUCUAAAGUUCAUAUCCCUGAGACAAUACUACUUCACCAUUGGAUGGAAUAUAUUUGAUUUAGUUGUUGUUAUACUUUCUAUUGUAGGUAUGUUUCUGGCAGAAAUCAUAGAAAAAUAUUUUGUAUCUCCAACAUUAUUCAGAGUUAUAAGACUUGCCAGGAUUGGGAGAAUCCUGCGACUUAUAAAAGGAGCCAAGGGAAUUCGUACACUACUAUUUGCUUUGAUGAUGUCACUUCCUGCCUUAUUUAAUAUCGGUCUUCUACUCUUCUUAGUGAUGUUCAUUUAUGCUAUAUUUGGAAUGUCCAACUUCGCCUAUGUCAAGAAAGAAGGUGGAAUUGAUGACAUGUUUAAUUUUGAAACUUUUGGUAACAGUAUGAUUUGCUUGUUUAUGAUUACGACCUCAGCGGGAUGGGAUCUUCUGUUAGCACCAAUUCUGAAUAGUGCAGCACCAGAUUGUAACCCAAACUUUGAGCAUCCUGGAAGUUCUGUGAAAGGUGACUGUGGCAAUCCAUCAGUAGGAAUUUUCUUCUUUGUUAGCUACAUCAUAAUUUCCUUUCUCAUUGUGGUCAACAUGUACAUUGCUGUCAUUCUGGAAAAUUUUAGUGUUGCCACUGAAGAGAGCGCAGAACCACUAGGAGAAGAUGACUUUGAGAUGUUCUAUGAAGUCUGGGAAAAGUUUGACUCAACUGCUUCACAGUUCAUUGAAUACAGUAAACUCUUUGAUUUUGCAGAUUCCCUGGAACCACCUUUAAGAGUACCAAAACCAAAUCGCAUCCAGCUCAUUUCAAUGGAUCUCCCCAUGGUAAGUGGGGACAGAAUUCAUUGCCUUGACAUCCUCUUUGCUUUCACCAAACGAGUCUUGGGUGAAGGAGAAGACAUGGACAAUCUGCGUUUACCAAUGGAAGAACGGUUUAUGGCAUCAAAUCCAUCUAAGGUUCCUUAUGAGCCCAUUACAACCACCUUACUUCGCAAACAAGAAGAAAUGUCAGCUGUUGCCAUUCAACGUUGCUACAGACGUUACCACUCAAAAAAACAGCUAGCACGGACAUCUCUAGAAGGCCAAAGAGAGAAAAAUAAACGUGCUAGUGUUCGGGCUAAGAACAACAGAAGUGCUUUAAAUAAAUACAAUGAAAACUCAUCUACAGUUGAAUCUGACAUGUCCACCGCAACAACCUCACCGCCUUCCUAUGACAGUAUAGAAAAGACCCCGGAAAAAUAUGAAAAAAAACGGUCACAAAAAGAAGACAUUUGUAGGGAUAAAAAGGGAUGCAAAAAAUAAUUGGGGAUCACAAGAUGCAGCAUUUAUGAAAUCUCGACAGCUGAUAUGAUCCACAGGUUUCUGCUUGGAGUUCUAUGCCAAAAUGUCUAUUAUAUGUAUGAUGUAAGUUUAGUGCCUAUAAAACCAUGUAGAAAUGAACUUUUGUAUGAAUUCAGUAAGUUAGUGAGCUUUUUAUUAGGGUUCUUCUGUACUCGGAUUAACCUACUCAUGAACUGAUGCAAGAUCCGUAUGUUAAACAGCUGGUCAAUUGACAUUAGGUGUCUCUAUAAUCUGCUGGACAAUCACACUGACUGCUGCUUUUUUUAGGUCAUUCUAUCAGUGACUUAUUCAUAUAAUCACCAAUGGAUGCAUUCUGUGGGAUAGAGAAAUUCUGUAGUGACUUUAAAAACAUGGUGACGGAAUGAACUUGAGAAAGAAUUCAGAUUGCGAGCAACUCAACACCAUCAGAACACUUUUUUUUAAGCAAUCUUCUGAUGACUGUAGGAGAUCAGGAGACAUCCUGAAGUUUUAAUAAUCUGUUCAAUAAUGUUUAUGUGCCUCUGACGUCACAAAUGGUUCUGGUUUUCAGCUUCAGCGAGUGAUAUGCGUCUGUAAAGUGCUCUUCUAUAUAAAGAAAAGGGAAAAAUAGAAAAAAAAAACUGAAUAUGUCACAAAGUGUUUGAGAUGCUUCUAGAUUCUACAAGAUGGUUACAGCUUCUACAAUAAGAUUUUCAAUUUUUACUUUAUUUUUAUUAUUAUUUUUUGUAAACUCCAUUUAGUUUUGUUUUUUAAAUUAAAGUCUUUGUUAAGUUCUUGAAAAUUCUAUGUAAGGCCGCGUACACACGGUCGAACAUGUCCGCUGAAAAUGGUCUGCGGACCAGUUUCCGCGGACAUGUCCG